AUGGUUUUGGGGCGCGUGCAUUUGAGCCGGCUCCAAUCCGGCAACCAGUCCUCCAACGACACCAGCGUCUUACUGGUGGCUACUGGUCUGCCGCUGCCGGCUGUAACGCUCUUCCUAACCGCGGACGCCGCCGCCGUCCUGGGCAACGGUCUGAUCUUCCUACUCUUCCUGUUUAACCGCGCGCUGAUGUCCCCGUUCAACCUGUACCUCGUCAACCUGUUAAGCGCCAACCUGCUCUACUACAGCCUCAACUUCCCGCAGCACCUCUUCAACUACGUCCUGCACACGUGGUACGGCCAUACCACCGGCUGCAGCGUCCAGCUGGCGCUGCUGUGGACCAGCGGCUCCGUCAUCCGCUUCGCGCACGCCGCCAUCACGCUCAACCGGGUGUGGGCGCUCCUGGCGCCCUUGUCCUACCGGCAGCAGCACGGCUACCGCGUCGCCCGCCUGCUGUGCGCGGCCACCUGGAUGUUAGCCGGGGUCUUGACCGUCCCGGCGAAUAUCCUGGACCACCUGUACUACCGGCUGCCGCCCGCGGAGUUCGGCUGCACGACCAGCCUGGCGGAGCGGCCGGUGCAGGACGCGCUGAUCGCCACGUCGGUGCUGACCACCGUCGCGCUGGUCGUCAUCGUGGCGGCCUACCCUGGAUCUGGUGGAAGCGCCGGCAGCGGCACCGCGCGCGGCUGGACUCCCAUCCCGGCCCGCCGCCGUGGAGCCCGGCGCCGCCCAGCGGCCGUAAGUUAA